GUGUGUGUGUGUGUGUGUGUGUGUGUGUGUGUGUGUGUCAGAUUAGAUGGAGACCUAGGCAAUUGUACUCCUCCUUCCCCUCCAAAGUUUUUCAAAGUUUGCAAAUUAUACAUCUAAAUUUUGGAUUUUAAAGCUUGAUUUUAGUAUAAUAGUAACAUGGCCUCUCAGGCGACAACCAAUUCGGUCAGAUACUCGGCCAAACCCAAAAAAAAAAGAACCUGGGCUCCGUAGCUCAUGAAUGUAUGGCCCUUCUUGCACCCUUUCCAAACUUUCUCCUCCCUCUGUCCCUCGCACGCCAACACAAUGCCUCUCCCUCCUCCGAUCCCUCACUCGCUCCAAAGCCCUCCUCCCCGGAAAACAACUCCAUGCUCUCCUCAUCUCCUCCGGCCUCCUCCUCAACUCCUCCACUUCUCUCCCCCUCCUCUCCAAACUCGCCACUUUCUACUCCCUCUGCGGCCACACCGUCCACGCCCGCCUCCUGUUCGACAAAACUCCCACGAAGAUGAAGACCCCCUUCCUCUAUAACGCCCUCAUCCGAGGCCACGUCCAAUGCGGCGUCCACAGCGACGCCCUUCACCUCUUUGCCCACAUGGUCUCCUCCGGCCACCGCCCCGAUAACUUCUCCUAUCCUUUCGCUCUCAAGGCUUGUAGCGAUCUCUCGCUGCUUCAUAUGGGGAGUGUAAUCCAUUGCAAGGCACUGGUUUCCGGGUUUGGUUCGGACGAGUAUGUUCAGAAUUCUCUGAUGGCUAUGUACAUGAAUUGUGGGGAUAAGGAGGCGGCGACAAUGCUGUUUGAUGGAAUGACCAACAGGACUGUUGUUUCUUGGAACACCAUGAUCGCAGGAUACGUGCAAAAUGGGUGCGAUGAGGAGGCAGUUUUGAUCUUCGAUUGGUCAGUGGGUUCUGGUGUGGAGAUUGAUCGGGCCACGGUGGUGUCGGUGCUACCGGCUUGUGCUCAUUUGAAGGACUUACGGAGGGGUCGACAGGUCCAUGAGUUGGUGAAGGAGAAGGGAUUCGGAGGGUAUGUUCCAGUGAGGAACUCUUUAAUUGAUAUGUAUGCAAAGUGUGGGAGCUUGGAGGAGGCAAGAAGUGUCUUCGAUAAUGGAAUGUGUGAGAGGGAUGUUGUCUCAUGGACUGCGAUGAUAGGAGGAUAUGCUCUAAAUGGAAGGGAGAGAGAAGCCCUUGCUCUUUCUUGCCAGAUGCAGUUGAUGGGAGUCGCACCCAAUUCAGUAACGAUGGCUUCUUUGCUCUCAGCUUGCAGUACAUUGGCAUCUAUAGAGCAUGGCAAAUGCAUUCAUGGGCUGUGCAUUAGGCUGAGGCUUGAAUUGGAUAUCAUUGUGGAGACUGCUCUUAUUGACAUGUAUGUCAAAUGCAAUAGCAUGAAACUGAGCUUGCUGGUGUUUGCCAGGGGGUCGAAAAGAGCAGGGACAUGGAAUGCAGUUAUUUCGGGGUAUGCCCGACAUGGGCGGGCAGGAGAUGCUAUAAAACAAUUCAAACUAAUGCUAGCAGAAGCAAUACGACCUGAUUUCGCUACGAUUGCAAGCCUCCUUCCAGCUUAUGCAGAAUCUGCAGACUUGCAGCAAGCCAAGAAUAUACAUUGUUACUUAUAUAGGAUGGGCUUCACUCGGAGUUUUGAGGCAAGCACUGGUUUGGUUGAUAUCUAUGCCAAGGCUGGGAACUUGGACAUGGCUUGGGAGCUCUUUGAUAAGCUACCAGUAAAGGACUUAGUGUCCUGGAGUGCGAUGAUAGCUGGGUACGGAAUGCAUGGGCAUGCAAAGACUGCGAUUUGGCUUUUUGAUCGGAUGGUGGAGUCUGGAGUAGAGCCUAAUGAGGUCACCUGUACUUCUGUGCUGUAUUCUUGCAGCCAUGCUGGUUUGGUGGAUGAGGGCCUGGGCUUGUUUGACAGAAUGCUAAAGGUGCAUGGCAUGAAACCGAAUGUUGAUCAUUAUGCGUGCAUUGUAGAUCUACUAGGUCGUGCAGGUCGGCUCAAGGAAGCGUAUGAACUGAUCAGAGGGAUGCCUUUUGAGCCAAACCAUGCAGUGUGGGGUGCUCUUCUUGGUGCUUGUGUGAUCCAUGAGAAUGUGGACUUUGGAAAAUUAGCUGCAGAGCGCUUGUUUGAGAUCGAGCCAGAGAACACAGGGAAUUAUGUGUUACUGGGGAAUAUCUAUGCUGCACUUGGGAGAUGGGAAGAUGUGGAAUCUGUGAGGAGAAUGAUGGUGGAAAGAGGGUUGAGGAAAGAGCCAGGGUGUAGUUUAAUUGAGGUCAGGAAUGUAUAGCCAUGAUGAUGCUAGUAAAAAUUGUCAAAUUAGAUUGUCGAGUGGCUUUGGUAAUUAUUUUGUUCUCUAAAUGCUUGUUACGGCAAACAAGGUUGUAGAUUAUUCAGCAAGGGUAUUAUUUCUGAUGUUUCAUUAUUUUCUACAGCCUUGGUUUCUGUAUAGUUCCAUGUUUCCAAAUUAUUAUUACUUUGACAAAGUUAUUAUCGUCAAA